UUGUAUUUUGAAGUCAUGUCGCCGUAUCUGUUUCUUCUGAUUAUUUUAGUAAAAACUUGUGCUGGAGCACCGCAAUUGGCAGCAUCUUCCACAACCGAGUAUCAAGCUUCCCCACAAAAAAAAUCUGAUAUACUGCGACAGCUACUAAAUCAAGAGACAUUGAUACGAAUGUCUCUUACAAAAGACGUGCAGUCUCUCCUCAAAUACCAAAGAAGAGCCGAGGGCGAGAGCCAAGCAAGAGAAAAGAACAUAAAUGAUUUGAAGUUGGAAGUCGACGGACUCACCAGCGAAACAGAGUCUCUGAAGCAAAUGGACACAAACUUGACCAAUAAAUUUAUUGCGUUAUUGAGAGAUGAACAAGAAGAAGAGAAGUUAGACCAGGCAAGAGACAACAAAAUAAAAAAUCUAGAGGAUAAGAUCGAGGAACUGACCAAAAAGAUGGCUGUUUUGACCCAGAAAAACUCGAAUCUGACCCGGGGAGUUGCCACGAUAAAUGUAGAGAAUUUGUUGUCCCAAAUUGCAGGGGUGCAGAAUGAGAUUUCUGCCUAUCCGGAUAUUGUGGUUCAGGCCGCCUGUGCAGCAAGUUAUCUAGGAGGAUUUGUUUCAGCCAUCAGAAGAACGUGUUCGAAUGAAGCUUCUUCCUGUGACGUGGUCUGUAGAGAUGCUACCUCACAGAUGAAAGCAAAGAUGGGAAACCAGGGCAGAAAACAAGCAACAUGUGUCCAGUCUUUUCAUUUCUACGGAUCGGAUCAGAACCUUGUGCCUGGUGUUCCCUUGAAGGUUAAUAGGAUAAUGUAUCGCUACGACUCCAAUGGCUGCUCGAAACAGUUCUGUGGUCCGAAUUUCUGCUGCUGUACUCUGUAAAAACAAUAGAUUUUCUGAUUACAUGUAUAUGCAUUUGGACUUCGGAAUUAUCAAUGUAAAUUUUUUGUAGGAAAAUAAAAUAAUAUACGAUUGA